AAUUCUUCCAUUACUCAACAUAGAUUUGGUGAUUGAUAUCAAUUCUCUGUUUUUUUGUCUGCUGUUUGUUGCUUAUUGCUUUGUCUCAACCCAUUUUUGUUCAUUUUUUAUGAGAAAUUUAACUCAGUUUUGUUUCAUAUUUUUUUUCCCACUGUUUGGCAAUUCUUGUUUUUUCCCAAUCAUGAAUCAAUGAAAAAAAAGGUUAGAGACAACUUGUUUUUAUUAAACCACCUUCUUCUAACUUUUUCCAAAAUAUGCUAAUAACCAUAACGCUGAAUUCUUUGUUCGUAAAACUUCAGCAUGUGCUAGUAAUAACCAAUAAGCCUGUGUUAUAACUCUAAUUUUGAAAAUGAAGUAUAUAACAUGUUCUUUUUUCAACUUUUAUACUGCUUAAUAUUAUCCAUAGAUGAUGUUCCCAAAUGUGACAUAUUAUCUAAGAAAGUGAGAUUUGUCAAAUUUGGAAUCAUUAUAUAUUUAUUAGUUGUGUAAUGACAUCAAUUAUACUUUGAAUUCAUUUACUCUAUUGGUUGUGUAUCUAGAACCAUGUAGCCAUAGGAUACAUCAACUGAGCUCCUAGUUGUAUUGUUAAAGCUUAGUAACUUGAUAGUGAAAAUCUGCAAGAUGUGGUACAUAAUCUAAGUCAAGUAGUAUGAUGUUCAAUGUUACAUCUUUGUGCAUAAUUUGACAUUCUUUUGUUUCCAUCAUGAUAUUUCCAAGUGUGAAAUAUUAUCUAAGAAAGUGAGAUUUGUCAAAUUUGGAAUCACUAUAUAUUUGGAUGUUUGUGCUCUGUUUAGAAUGUUAUAUAUGGUGUAAUUCCUAUGUCUCUAAUAUAGUAUUAUGAUGUGCAGCAAUUUUUUGUUUUUAAUCAUGACACAUUUGAUGGAAAUACGUGAAAGGAAGAAAAAAAUUAUAGCAAUGUUUAUGAUAUAUAUGGAGAUGUUGAAUUACUUUAUGUUGAUGACAAUUGUGUUAUGCUACCUUGAGUUAAGUAAGCGUUCAAAAAAGCGAAAAAGGUCAUGGGAUUUUUAUGAAAGAAGUUUAAUUAGAGAAGUCCAUUUUCGUAGAAUUAUUUACAUAAGUGAUUUGGCUUGCAUUGAAAAUACAAGGAUGGAUAGAGCUGCUUUCCAUAAACUAUGUGACAUGUUGCAAGUUAUUGGUGGAUUGCUUCCUACUCGACACAUGUGUGUGGAGGAGUUGGUGGCCAUGUUUUUACAUAUAUUGGCACAUCAUGUUAAGAAUAGAUUGAUUAGAAGACAAUUUGUUAGGUCUGGUGAAACGAUUAGUAGGCAUUUCAGUAAUGUAUUAUUGGCAGUUUUGAAGUGUCAUAAAGAAUUGUUAAAACAACCUAAACCAAUUUUGGAGGGCAACACAGACGAACGAUGGAAAUACUUUAAAAAUUGUUUAGGAGCUCUUGAUGGCACUUACAUCAAGGUCAAUGUGCUGGAAGCUGACAAAAGUAGAUAUAGAACAAGGAAGGGUGAGAUAGCUACAAAUGUGUUAGGUGUAUGCUCACCAGAUUUACAAUUCAUAUAUGUUUUGCCUGGUUGGGAGGGAUCAGCUGCUGACUCUAGAGUCCUUAGAGAUGCUAUUUCUCGACCAAAUGGUUUAAAGGUUCCUCAAGGGUAUUAUUAUUUAUGUGAUGCUGGAUACAUGAAUGGAGAAGGAUUUCUUACUCCUUAUAGAGGUCAAAGGUAUCACCUUAGUGAGUAGAGGAAUGGAUUACAAGCAUCUACCCCUAAAGAAUUUUUCAAUAUGAAACAUUCUUCAGCUAGGAAUGUAAUAGAAAGAUGUUUUGGACUUUUGAAAGGAUGUUGGGCUAUAUUGAGAGAGAAGUCAUUUUAUCCUGUAAAAACUCAAGGAAGAAUAAUAGCAGCUUGUUGUCUUCUACAUAAUCAUAUUCGCAAAGAAAUGACAUUGGAUCCUUUGGAAUUGAAUUUAGGAGAUGAUGAGUUCUCUGAUGAAGUCAUGUCCGGUGACAUGAUAACUACGGUGGAGCCAAGUACGACGUGGAGUCAAUGGAGAGAUAGUUUUUCAUUAGAUAUAUUUAAUAGGUGGAGAGGUGGAAAUCAUUGAAAGUUUUCAUAUUUUUUUAUUUGACAUUUCAAUUUGAUUGUAAUUUUUAUUUUCAGUGUACUGUUGACUUUGAUUUAAAAGUUUUAUUAAUCAAAUCUGUUUCUUUUUAUGA